CUGGAAGCAUUUUCAAAAGUGAUGUCUAAGAAAGUGGAUAAGUCGGCUUUGCCGGGAUGGAAGAAUGAACCAAAAUAUACAAAUAAAGUCCUGGUCGGAAAUUGGUUUGAAGAAAGACUAGUGUUUCCAAAAGGUAACACGACAAAUAACAGCACAAACCGAAUUGAUUUUUGCAUCCCAAACACMGAUGUAACAGAUCGCAUGACGCGUAGAAAAUUGGCGCAUAGAAAUUGGGAGGGUGUUGGUGAGAAUAACUUGCUGACUCACCAUGGGAAAGCUUACAUGUCAGGAUGUAAAAAUAGCAUUUAUGGCCACAAUUACGACCAUCCAUUUUCACGUAUUCCGUAUCCUCUGCGUCGAUGGAAUAGUCAUACUAUGUCCUGGGUUCCUGAACGCAUCGAUCUUCAUUCUGCAGGCAAAGACAAGCAAAAGCUCGUGAAUGACAAGACUGACAGUGUAGAAAAAGCAGAAAACCAGCAGCUUGACARUUUACCGCCCAUCCGCGUCCCCGACACCUGGGACGGACGAGUAGUAUUAAAAUAUCGACACAGGAAGACCGACAUAGCGCCUUACUUUCCCGUUAUWUUAAGGAGUUGUGAGAAGCGUUCUCARGUAGUUAACAUGCAAAACUGUUUUAAAUAAAUUCACUGCAUGAUCUUUCCAUAAUAUUGAGUUWAWGCGUUGAAAAACUGACGUUGCAAUGUAAUAAAACGUUUGA